CGUCUCUCCUUAUGGAUGACUCAUUUCCUUUAAUUGCUUUCGACCGCGAGAGGGCUGCUUGCGUUCCCUUUCCUUCCUUUUACCUUCACCCGUGCAUGGAUCCGCGUCCGUGAUUGAUAACAUAGUUUCUCCGCUGGGCCACAUGCUAGGAUUACAUCUUGUGAUGAUAUCUCGCGCCAGGCAGAAGCGCUGUCUUAGCCCUUGGUGCUUCGCACUGUUGCGGCAGCCCAGCGGAAGGAGGUUUGGUGAUCGUUCAGGCGAACUAAAUCACCCGUGGGUAUACGGCGUCAAGGUGGAUGGUGGCUUGUCGCACAUCAUGAUGACCCCACCCCCUAUGACAUUCUUUAAGGCUUAUUCAAUUCGCUUCAGUAGCUAACAAAAUUGUGGCCUUGAUUUAUCUGUUGGUAUAUGGAGAUGAAUACCCACUUGCCCACGCCGUACUCAGGCGCCAUGACAAUUUUGUGUCCAGUCGCAGGUGAGACCAAAGCAGCAGCAACGAUGGGCGCCGGCGGACGCAUGACUACGACGGAGCAGGGGCCCCUUCGAUACGGCGGCUGUGGCAUUCCGCUUCACCGUUCGCCCACCGAGAAGCCCUCCUUCACCCUGAGCCAGAUCAAGAAGGCGAUUCCCCGUCACUGUUUCGAGCGCUCCGUCCUCCGUUCCUUCUCCUACGUCAUCCGCGACCUGCUCAUCGCCGUACUCUUCCUCUACUUCGCCGUCGCCGUCAUCCCCAAGCUACCGCUCGGCCUUGCCCUCCCCGCCUGGCCGCUUUACUGGGCCUUCCAGGGAUGCAUCCUAACCGGCGUGUGGGUCAUCGCUCAUGAGUGCGGCCACCACGCCUUCUCCGACUACUCGUUCCUCGACGACGUCGUCGGCCUCGUCCUCCAUUCCGCACUCCUCGUCCCCUAUUUCUCCUGGAAGUACAGCCAUCGUCGCCACCACUCCAAUACCGGCUCCAUCGAGCGUGACGAGGUCUUCGUCCCCAAGCCCAAGGCAGCCCUCCCAUGGUUCAGUAAGUACCUCAACAACCCGCCCGGUCGCAUCCUCACCCUGGCCAUCACCCUCACCCUCGGCUGGCCUUUGUACCUCGCCUUCAACGUCUCCGGUCGCUGCUACCCCCGCUUCGCCUCCCACUUCGACCCCUACGGGCCCAUCUACUCGGACCGCGAGCGUGCCCAGAUCUUCAUCUCCGACGCCGGCCUCAUGGCGGCCCUGUACGUCCUCUACCGCGUCGCCGCCUGCUACGGCUUCUGGUGGCUGGUCAGGGUGUACGGCGUGCCGCUCCUGAUCGUGAACGGGUGGUUGGUCCUCAUCACCUACCUGCAGCACACGCACCCGUCGCUUCCCCACUACGACUCGAGCGAGUGGGACUGGCUCCGGGGGGCGCUGGCGACGGUGGACAGGGACUACGGGAUGCUCAACAAGGUGUUCCACAACAUCACGGACACGCAUGUUGCCCACCAUCUCUUCUCGACCAUGCCACACUACCACGCCAUGGAGGCGACCAAGGCCAUCAAGCCGAUCCUAGGCGAGUACUACCAGUUCGAUGACACGCCACUGCUGAAGGCCAUGUGGAGGGAGGCGCAGGAAUGCAUUUACGUGGAGCCGGAUCAGGGGAGCAAGCUGAAGGGCGUCUUCUGGUACCGCAAGGAGUUGUAAGUCGAGCUCAGGACAUGUCAGUGGAGUGAGAGGAGGCGACAUUUAGUGUCACCUUUUUUUCGCGUUUGUUCCCGUCCGUAACGUGUAAUCUCGUCCUCGUUAUGUACCCCUUCCCCUUCACGUUGGUAUUUAUGUAUCCGUCGUCUAGUAAACGUUGCAUGCGUAUGCUUCGUAUCUCCAGACAAAUGGUCGAGA